UCGUGUAGGCGGGCCCUCCCGGCCGGCGCGAGUCCCGGGACGCUGAGCUGCGCGCAGCGGAAUGGGCUGGUGGCGGGCUGUGCUCCGCUCCUUGUGGAGCUCUCUGUCGAAGGAGGUGAGGGAGCAUGUAGGCACGGACCAUCUGGGAAACAAAUACUACUACAUCGCCCAGUACAAGAACUGGAGAGGACAGACUAUUCGAGAGAAAAGAAUUGUAGAAGCAGCAAACAGAAAAGAGCUAGACUAUGAAGCAGGAGACAUCCCAACAGAAUGGGAAGCAUGGAUUAGAAGAACAAGAAAGACUCCACCCACUAUGGAGCACAUAUGGGCAUGGACAUGGGGCCAGCCAGUGCCACGGAAAGCUUGCCAGUGGGAAUAUCCUCAAGAGAGAAUGAUUCUCCGUCUCUCAGCAUCCGUGAGGGGUGGGUCGUGGAGAACACCCUGCACCCCACACAUCCUGGAGUUCGGCUUGUGUGACCUUGUACAGGGACCAUGAGUGCAGUAGCCAUGUCAUGUCCAGAAGGCGGCAUUGAGGAGCACCUCUCCCCAUCCUCCAGUUCUUAUUCUUUCACAGUCCCUGGACCUUGGAGUUAGGAGGAGGUGUUGAUCAGUCUCUGUUUUCAGCACUUACUGGAUUCCAUGUGUCUGCCCUGACUAAACGAACUGGGGAAAGAA